GUUUUUGAGUUUUGACACAAUUUGUUUUUUUUUUCAAUGGUUUUUUCUUGGAACGGUACAUUGAACAUUUGUGACAGAGUCACAGAGUAAUAAAGACGUCAUUAUUAUAUUUUAUACGCAAUUAAUUUAAUUUUUGCAAAUUGUCACAAAAUCUCCCAUCACUUCACCAAACUCUUCUCAUCUUUGGAGUCUCCGAAAUAUUGAAUUUCCUGUUAAUAAUUCACCUACAGUAUUUCCUCCUCAUAUUUAUUUUCUUCUCAAUAAAUCUUCUAAUUUUUCUGUCAAUGGGCAUAAAUUACUCCCAAAUUAUCAUCUUUCACAUUCUUCCCAGCUAAAGAUCUCUCCUUUUCAAUCUCUUUUUUUCAAUCUCUUUUUCUCUCUCGUCUUCUUUUAAGAACAACAAAUGGCGGCUUCUUAUGCUUUUUUUUCACCUUCUGUACCUUCUUCAACUCUCAACAGCAGAAUUUCUCCAUUUUUAAGCUUAAAUGGAUCUGGGUUUUGUUCCUAUUUGGGUAUCAGCAAAAGGGUUUUUUGUUCUUCCAUUGAAGGUGCUGAGAAACAUGCUGCUCCUGGUGUUUCUUCUACUGAAUCAAGAGCUUCUAGGCUAAUAAAUAGGGGUUGUAAGCUUGUGGGUUGUGGUUCUGCUGUACCCAAGCUGCAGAUUUCUAAUGACGACCUUUCUAAAAUUGUCGAAACUUCGGAUGAAUGGAUAUCUGCUCGAACUGGGAUUCGCAAUCGACAUGUCCUUUCAGUUGAGGAUAGCUUGGUGGGCUUGGCCACCGAAGCAGCAAGGAAUGCUCUUCAGAUGGCCAAUGUUGAGCCUGAUGAUAUUGAUCUUGUCUUGAUGUGCACCUCUACACCCGAGGACCUCUUUGGUAGUGCUCCUCAGAUACAAAGAGCAUUGGGAUGCACCCGAAGUCCUUUGUCUUAUGAUAUUACUGCAGCUUGCAGUGGAUUUCUGAUGGGUUUGGUGUCAGCUGCCUGUCACGUAAGGGGUGGUGGAUUUCAGAAUGUGUUGGUUAUAGGUGCUGAUGCUCUUUCUCGUUUUGUUGAUUGGACUGAUAGAGGGACCUGCAUACUUUUUGGUGAUGCUGCUGGUGCAGUAGUAGUGCAGGCCUGUAGCAGUGAAGAAGACGGCAUGUUUGCUUUUGAUCUGCACAGUGACGGCGAUGGUGCAAGGCAUUUAAAUUUAUCCCUGGGACAUGAUAAAAUCGAUGCAGCAAUAGGUAGCAACGGUGCUGUGACAGGUUUCCCCCCAAGGCGCCAAUCUUAUUCAUGUAUCAAUAUGAAUGGAAAAGAGGUCUUUCGCUUUGCUGUUAAAUGUGUGCCCCAGUCAAUUGAGGCUGCACUUCAAAAGGCUGGUCUAAAUGGUUCCAAUAUCGAUUGGUUACUAUUGCAUCAGGCAAACCAGAGGAUCAUUGAUGCUGUUGCAACACGUUUGAAGGUUCCUCCAGAGCAAGUUUUGUCUAAUUUGGCACAUUAUGGUAACACCAGUGCCGCAUCGAUCCCCUUGGCAUUGGAUGAAGCUGUUCGAAGUGGAAAAGUUCAGCCAGGACAUAUCAUUGCUGCAUCCGGAUUUGGUGCUGGUCUUACUUGGGGUUCUUCCAUUAUUAAAUGGGGUUAGAGAAAAAAGAUAUUGCGAAAUCAUCUUAAUGCUAAAGAUGAAGGUGUUUGGGGGAGGACCCGAAAAAUGUUGUUCGUCACUUUGAGGUCAUACUUGAAGAAUUAAUUCCCUCUGGUUGUUAUUGAUGAUUGAGGAACUGCAGCUUCUCAGAAUUCAAAAAGCUCCAUCAAAGAGGCCCCCUUCAUGUGUAAAUCACCUGAAAAAGCUCUAUUUUUUUCCUUCAUAUUUCUACAUUAGAUGUAUUUAUUCACUUAGAAAAAUAAAAAUUCCUGAGCUGUUAAUCAUAGUUUUUUUUUUUUUUUUUUUUUUUUUUUUUUUUUUUUUUUUUUUUUUUUUUUUUACAGUCAGUCAGAGUUUAGCAGAGCUAUGAUUUUUUUUGUCAGUCGAGUGAAUGAGUGAUUCAAACAAUAGCUACUCUAGACAGGCUUGCUUUCCCUCUUUGUUUAACUUUAACCUUGUAUGUUGAACCAUUGUUAAGUACUUCAUCUUCAUUGAAUAAGUCAUUGACAUUACUAAUUUUUCUGA